UGAAUGGAGGCUUUGUUGAGAAUGCUCUCGACACACACUCGCUCUCUGUGCAAGUGCUGAAGGCCAGCACACAGAAGACUGUUGUGUACGUGUGUGUCCCUCGGGGCAAGAGGAAUCAUCAGGGGACAGUCCUUCCCUCUUCCCUGCUUCACGUACAAUGCCCCUGUCAUGCACGCUGCCUCAUGGAGAGAGGUGUGCGCAGGGGACGCAGGCUUAUCCUUUCCCCACUGGGACUGAGAGAGGGGGCUACUUCAGCUGGCUUGAGUAUUCUGCUUCAGCUCUCUCUAGGGAUCAAUUCCUGGUGUUCUCCCAUGGUGUUGGGAUGGCGCCCUGUUCCGUUUCUGUCUCCUAGUUGUAGAUUAGGGCCCCUGGAAACGAGCACAUGAAAGCACAGUAAAAGCUGCGUGCCUCCCCUGCCUGUGCUGCAGUGUGUCAGUGCCAGCUUUGAUUGGAGUUUGUUCCUAUAGAGAAAGAGCCCAGGUUCUGAUUUCCCACUGUGUUCACAGUGUCCCACUGGAUAGAAAGCAAAGGGCAGUUUGUCCAGAGACAGGAGGCCAUGUGGGUUCUUGGGCGGGAGGGUUGUCCCUCAAGCAUGCAGGGCCUAGCUCUGAGCAUUACAGCAGCCCAGCCCAGAAUCUGUGUCCUCAGUCUAUCGGUAUACUGUAUCAUAGCGAGGCAAUACUACAUGAUACAGCAGCCAUGCUUUGCUGCUCUGCAUUUCUCCGGUUUCCCCCCUGCAUGAAUUGCUUUCAGCUCCUUCAUAGCUGUCCUCGCCCUGCCCUCUCCCCAUCUCCCCACUCCACACUACAUUUCUUCCACACUUCUUCUCCACUCUGUGCCUUCAUCCUCUUCCUCAUUCCCUGCGUCCUAACCCCCCCCCCCCGCUCCCCUCCGCUGGGUGCAGGAGCUGGCUGUCUCGGGCCCUGAGCCCCUUGGCGGUUGGCGCAGAUCUUGUGAUCGUUCAGCUGUUCCGUCUGUACGGGUGUGAUCUCAAUGGGCCUCUCAGCUUUGUAGCUUUUAACAGUUUGCAAGGCUUUUUCCCAUUUCAGAAAAAAAAACGGAGAGAGCAGGUUAGCAAUGGAUGUGUUGUCCGCAGUCAGGUGUGCGGCCUGUGUGCUUGUGGCGCUGGUGGUGAGCGGUCAGUGACGAGGGUGACAGCAAGGGCGACUGUGUCAGGGCUGGGUUCCUCCACUCCAGGAGGGCCUGCAAGUAUUACAGGUGCUUUGUUAAUGAGCAACUGAGCAAGAGCUAUAAACAACAAAUGAUCCAAUUUCUUAUGCAAAAAGCUGCUUCAAUUAGGCCAUUUCAAGCUGGACUGAAAAGUAGAGGAUGCCACAAACCCCAAGGACUGUGUGCACCAGUCACUGAGGGAAUGUGUGUUGAAACAGCUCUGAGGGCUUGUGCUGUAAAUAUUGGGCUACUCUACUAGGUCAUGAAUCUCUAUUAGCCCAGUUGCACUCUUACCAAGAGCCUUUCUCCUGACCAGACGAGAGGGAGUGCUUCGUAGCAGGUGACCUGCCGCGUCUGAACAUCUGUCAAGCAGGACUGGGGUCCAGAAGAGCACGUGUGGGCCGGCUGUUCGCACCCGGAGGAACGUCUCCUGUGUGGGCUGGGAGCAAGGGGCUGAGCCCAGGCCUGUUUCAUGUGACCCAGGCUGGAAGUCUGAAGCUCAAGAGAUCAAAGGCUGCCUUUGGAGAGCUCGGUGGUUGUCGCAGUGAAGGCAGCUGAUGGCCGGUGCUGUGAAGCCUGAGCAACACUGAAAUACCAACCCCACCCCCCUGGUACUUCUCAGGUUUUACAAUCCUCCUCACUUCUGGACCAGAACCAUCGGGUCUCCCCAUCGGAUCAGGACCUCCCUGGUAUUCAGCUGCAUGUGUAUCCCAAGGAUCUGAAUCUGUGCAGCAGGAUGCUUUCAUUCCAGCCCUGAGAAAAGAGAUCAGGCUGUUUGUCCCAUCUGCAGUUUGGGAUCAGAACCAGUCUUCAGAGGUCAGUCCCGGGAUAGAGUCUGGAGUCGGAUCUCCAGAACCGAUCCAGUGGUAUUGAUCUAGUGAACCGCAGUUUGGACUCCCCUGUCAACACCGGUGCACAGAGAGGUCUGCUCUGCCACGCCAGUCUACAUUCCCAGCUCAGCCCUGGUCUGUUACCAGCAGGCCCACUCCUCACGGACCUGCGAACUCUCCAGUAGACCAGUGUCAGACUCCCGGCUCUCCAGAACAACUCCAGUCGGGGUGCCAUCAGAACUACCGUCCAGGACUCCAAAUCCCGGGCUUCGUCGAAGCGUGCUCCCUGCGUGGCACCAGGUUCUGACCCGGUCAGCCUCCCCCUGGUGCAGCGAUGGGCUCUGGACUCCGAGGGUUCUGCACGCAGUACUGCUGCUGCUGCUGCUGCGGAGAAGAGGAGCCGGAAGAGAAGAGCCCCAUUCUGAGCGAGACGCUGCAGUACUUCGACCGCGAGGCCAAGAGGCGCAGGGCGGAGGAGACCAACCUGUGGAGCGAGCCGGCCGACAAGUCACACACAGAGAGAGACGACGACCGCGAGCUGUACAACCUGCUGCACAGGAGAGCCAAGACACGGCGGGGGUCCCAGGGGUACCGGCGGCUCAGCGUGGACAUCCACGCCAUGCGGCAGGUCCGCCGAGGCGUGCGGGAGAAGUGGAAGAUGAUUUUGGAGAACCUGGGGUUCAUGGCAGAGGCUGAGUCUCUGCUCACCGUGUCCUCCAGUACCACCUACGCCAACCUGCGCUAUGCCACCACCGCCCGCUCUCUGCUGCAGGCGCUGCACCAGGACACUUCCAUCUUCGACAGCAAGGGGGCACCGCCCGAGCGCUACCUCUUCGUGCUGGACCGCCUGAUCUACCUGGAUGCGGCGGAGGAUUUCGUGGACAAGGCCCGCCGAUUCUACCCCAAGGAGGAGGAGCUUCCGGACGAGGCAGAGGUGGAGCCGUUGGUGACCACACCCAUCCUUGUGGCCAAGGCCAAUCACCUGCUGCCAGGCGAGGAGGAGGAGCUAGUGGAGGAGGAGGGCAGUGCAGAAAUUGACGAGGACAUGUUCAUGUCCAAGUCGCUGGAGUGAGCGCGGUGUUGAGUGGGUUACCUGGCAGGGUGUGGGCAGCAGGGGGCACUGUUUUGAUUUGGUUAGUUGCAAGUUGCAAGAGACAGCUAAAACUGGGCCAGUCCAGCCUUAUAAACCUUUUUUUUUGCUAGUUGCUGUUCUUUAGGUACUUCUUUAAAGUAUUUAGCUACAAAAAAACUCCCCUAGUCCACCAAAACCCAAUAUUCAGAGUUUUUUUGUCGUUAUCAAAGGCAAGCAAUGAACUGGCCUUGUAUCCAAUCCCAAAACCAAAAUCUCCGUCUAGAAGGAUUGCAGGUUUGCCUGUUAACUCAGAAUCUACAGAUACUGCUUCUGUUUAGAUUUUGUAGCUUUGGAGUAAACAAAAAAAAAUAAUCUUUUUUUACAUUAAUUGGCCUACAUUUGAGGAUACUUUCAAAAUAUUUAAAAAUAAGUAAUUGUUUCAUUGCUUCAUUGUUCAGUCCAGCUGGAGAUUCUGAUUGAAAGGGGAACUGCAAUGCUAUUUUUAUAUUUUGGGGUUAGAAACGGAUGCACAGCUGAGUGCAUUUCAAUUCAAAAUACAAUAAAUGUAAAAUUUACACUGUAACUUGCAAAACCUUAAAUUUACAUCACAAAAUUCCAGGUCUGUGCAGCCCCAUGUUCUAAGAUUCAGAAUUCAGGCAACAAAGCGUCGGGUGGGGUGACGCGGACCUGUGACAUUGUACACAAACAGGCUUUGUGAAUCCAGCUCUUUCAAGCCAAUAGAAAUAUCGCUGUCGACUUCAAUGUAGUUUUGCCGAGAAAUACUAUUUACUUGUUUGCUCUGUAUGCAGAUGGCUUUGGUAUAUUUCUACAGUGAAACAUCUGCCGCACAACCUGCGUGUAUUCGCUUGUCCAUCACAUUAGUGACUAGUGAGCAGGAAGGGCUGCAUCACGUUGUGAUUCUCGCGAACUCCUGACAACUUAGCGACCAUACAGUUACUUUCACAAAGUUCACGAUUUUGUGCUUAAUUCGAAGUUUUUCUGUACCGUAAUUUCAAAUUUUUCUGUACCGUCAAAGACUUUAUUCUGUGACCGCGAUUUAAUAACCGGUCUGAGAAAUGGGGACUGCAGUUGCCCUUUAAAUCAAUUGACAAGCCACAGUGUACCCUUCAGCAGAGAGUGCCUGGCCUGUGCAGUGUGCCCAGCGCUCGGGCACAUGCUUGCACAGGGGUCCAGGCUCCAGUGUGCUUGCUGGGGUUACAGGGCCAGUGUGAGGGUUCAGCAGAAAACCAGGGACUCAGGUUGUUGCUGAGGGGUACAAAGCUCACAAGAGUGAGGCAGCACGAGGAAAGAGACGUCAAACAAAUUAAGAGGAGUUUGAGAACUUGAUCCGGAUUUCGUCCUGAGAGAGCGAAUUUGCAGCAAUGGCUCAGGCACAGUUGGUCCCUUUCCCCUGUUUUUCCUGUCAGUUCUCCUGUAAAAUUGAAACCAGUGGGGAAAGGGCUGCAUGCUUGCAAUCCUGAUCUGACCCUGGCCGUCCAGCAGGUUCUGAAGGUGUCCUCAAGUCCUCAGCAGGGUCACAUUGAUCUAAUUGAGCCCUAAUUAAACUAUUUCAACCCAAAUACAGUUCAUUGGGUUGCCUACAGAAGACGAAUAAGAACCCAUGCGUAAUGGAAUAUUACAAGGCAUGAAGUAUUAACAAGCCUUUGAGCUCUAUUCCCAUGUUCUCUGUAAGCCUUUGAAGCCAGAAUUAGAAUUGUUCCCUUAUUAAAAAUCCAGCAUAUCUGAGCAGGACAUAAACAAGCUCGUGUGUUUUUCCAGCUCCACAUUUGCCAAUAGAAACUGAUCCGUCUCCUCUGGCCGUAGGGUGUGUGUGAUCACUCUGAUCCCUUUCACAGCGCAGCUAGAGCAGGGAAGAGUGAAGAGCCCAUAGAGAGGAUUAACCACAGUGCUUCUCACUGAAAACAAUGCCAAUUACAAGAACAGAAGAAAGGUCACAAAUGAGAGGAGGCUCAUCUAGCCUGUUGGGUAGCUAGCAGCGAUUGAAGGAUCUUUAAAAUAAGCCAGGAUAUCUGCUUCACGAGCAUGGCAGGGCAACAUGUUCCAGACUCGCACAACUCACACAAAAAGAUAAGUCAGCUGUUAGCGAGUAGCUCUGCUGUCUGAGUACCGAAGUGUUUCCUGUAAGAAGUGAGCAGUGAACCGGUUGCGAGUUGUUUUUGUCAGUAAGAGAGGCUCCUAAAGUGGCUUUUGUAGGAGUAGGUGUCUAAAACUGGCAGUACUAGCUGUGAGAUGUGGUGCUCUAAAAGCACCAGGGUUCUCUGUAUCAGGGCUCAGCCUGCCUCCUGUUGUAACACACCCCUCUGAGUAUCUAAAUGAAGCAUGAGCACAAGCCAGCGAGCUCUUCCCAGAGCCCAGGUGAUCAGGAGCACAAUGUGGAAGAGGCCGUUGAGACUGGCAUUGCUGUGCAGUGACGUGACUGUGCUCCUGUUGUCUGUACGAUGGGCUACUGUCUCGUAACUCUGCUGGGAUUCUGUCAAUCUGAAAUAAAACUCAAAAAGAAAGUUCUGCAGUGUCUAAAACUCAAGUGAUUUGGGUAGAAGUCUGGCAAGUUUCAGGAAAGCUCUAACAAAUGUUUUAUGUUUUUUUCAUGAAGAACAGCUCAAUCGCAGGGAGCUGCUUUCUUUCAAACAGUCAAAACUAGUGGCUUCCCAGUGUUUAGGAUGAACUGUAUCACAGAGCUUCUGCUGCUAGUGUCAUAAACAGCUUGCUGUUUUGUUCUGUCCUCUCUGCCUAACUGCACACCUUUUUAAGUACAGGACUGGGUGUCACCAUAGGAGUGUGUGUGUUGGAGUGUGUGUCACUGCAGCAGUGUGUGUGUGAGAGUGUGUGUUUCAGUGCAUCACUAUGUGCUUGAGACUGUGUGUGUGUCAGUGCAGAACACUGUGUGUUUAAGUGCAGGAGUGUGUGAGUGCGGGACUGUGUGUGUGGGGUAAUGUGUAUCUCUACAGUAACAGUCUGGCAGUGCUGACAGAUGCCAGGUUAUGUAACUAUGUGGCAAGAGAACAACAACAAACAGCAACAACAUAGAACACAGAGUGGUUGCGAAGGGAAUCACAGUCUCAGUCCUCCCCCUGGGUCCUACAGCCUCAAUAAGCUCAGGGAUGGAAAUAAGACCCCUUUUGUGCUCCUGGAACAUUUAGAUCGCCUGUAAAAGAGUCAAAAUUGUACACAGACUGUUCAAAUUAAACAAAAAAAACAAUGUACAUGCUUUUUAUAGUUAGGUCGCAGUUCUGGCAGUGCAGAGUAAGGUCUUGUGGGUUAAACACCAGCACCAGGGCUUGGUAUGUGGGUGUCCCAGUUCGGAUGAGCCCGCAGCCAGUCUGAACUGGGAAGGAAAGGGGAGUCUCUUAUCUCCUGACUGAGCACAGGGCAUGCGGUGCAGUUAUAAACAGCUCUCCAUCUGUCCUGAUUCUCUCAAAUCUCCCUCAUUUCAGAGUCUUUCUAGAUCCAGAUUUAAAGCGCUUCAUCCGCAUUGCCAUGAAAUGAUACAGAUGUGUGCAAAACCGGUGUGCGGAGUAAGAACAUGUGUCCAGCCUUUGUGUGAUAGGCAACCGUCUCAUACUUCUGCUUGUGGGAUUUUGUAAAUCUGGAAUAAGCAUUAAAAACUGUUAAAAGUUCAAGCGAUUUGAGUAAAAGCAUGGAGAGUUAUGGGAAAGUUGUCUCAAAUGGUCUUUAUGAAGAACAGAUCAACCACAGGGAGCUGCGCUCUUCUGAAAAGUCCAUACUAGUGGCUUCCAGGUGCUGUUUAGGAGGCACUGUAUCACAGCAAGGCUCUUGGCUUGCUAGUGGGUUGAGGUACCGCCUCCUCAGUUAGGCCCAACCCUGCAGGAUAGAUGCUCAAAAAGUAGUUGAUCGGUAAGCCCUCUGUCUCACCCACUUACUUCCAGAUGGCCUUUCCUCUUAGCUUCCUGUCUCUCCCCCCCACUCCCCAUCUUCUCUCUCUCUCCUCCCCUCCAAGCAGUUCUUCUCCAUUAAAAACCACCACUUUCACGAAAGUGGCACACAGGCACCUUUUGGGCUGCCUACACAGAGCUGCCCCCGUCUGAGCCGAGCAGAAACAGGGAGCAAAUCGAUGUCUGGAUCGAACUGGGUUUCUUUUGUAUGUUAAUUAGAUAGUACAUUUAAUACUGGCCCUAAAAAAAGAAAACUAGUUUGUGGUAAACCACUAAGGGGAGGAACAGAAGGAAAAACAAACGUGUCCCAAUGUCCAGUAAUUCCAGAAUGCGUUCGUCAGCAUUCCAUUCCCGGGUCAGCUGUGCUGCUACUCCAGCGGGGCAUCUGUCAUGACUGAGGGUCUGUUUCUCCGGGCUGAUGAAAGAGUUGAGCGCAGGCAACACCUUGACUCACUGCCCCUGCGUCAUAGCUGAGAGCAGAGCCUGCAGGAUUAAUCAGCUUGUUACCCGGAAAUGAGAAAUAUUGAGGUGCAUGGUUACUCUAUGUGUCACACUCUGGUAAAUAUAUUCUAAGCCUUGUCCUCACUCUCCUCCUGUCUGGUGUCACUCAUUGGUAAUCCCUUCAGCAGGUUUGAGAACCCAUGGCCUUGCUCGAACAUAUAAAUUGUUUAGUUUAAAUAGCACUAGCUGUCUGACACAUUGAUCCAGACUUGCUGUCUUACAGCUGAACUGCUAGAUUUUACUGAAGCGGGCUGAUUCAAGUGCGUCUUGCUCAGAGGUAUGACAGCCCAGCUGGGGGGUCUGAACACCCUGCCCCUUUGUCCACACUGCCUUCUGAGUCCUGGCCUCUGCUCUGUGCUGUCUGGCUGACUAAACUGUCACCCCCCUCCCUCUGGAGUGGACAGGACAGCUGUGGCGGGACAGCGGAGGCGGGGGCGGGGAGAGGGGAGGGGGUUGGGUGAUGUCAGGAGCUGAGCUGGGCGAAUGACUCAGGCUGCGUAUGUGUCAGACCCUGCCGGGUCAGGGCCGGCUCUACGGCGAUCGGUAACGUGAGACCGUCUGGCGGUGGCCACAUCCCGUCAGCGCUGGAUUAGUGGGCAGUGACUGAGCUUCCCAUCUCACGCUGCCUGGUCAUAUCGGGGUCCCCUCUGACCUUUUACCCUUCCCUACCCCUGCUAAUACCCCCUUUCAUGACUGACAGGGUGACCUGCAUUCUUCCAGAGCUCAGUGUAAAUUCGGUGUAAUUUCAGUGUAAAUCGGCACAGGCCCCAGCAGGUAUGGAAAUACUUAAUAUGAUCUUCCCACUGAUUUUUCUCUCUUCCUCCUUCAAGCACUUACCCGAGAUGAAUUUACAGAACCCGAGAAAAAGAGCAUAACAGAAUCAAAGUCUCAAAAGCGUUCUGCUCCUCAGAGGUCAUCAAUCAAUAUUAUUUCAGUAGUAGCAUUGAAAUACAUACACCCGACCAACUUGGUAAAGUUUCUAAGAGUACAACCGUGAAAUCGGAUGUUUAAAUACUUUGACCAAAAGGCAUACAGUAGAUUUAUAAUAGGCAAAAUUGUGGGAAAAAAAAAGCUGUGAAAUAUUUUGGCAUCAGAAAGAGGAUGGAAAUGUAAUCGAAAGCUUUGAGAGGUGUUUGGAGUGUUCUGGCUGUCCCUGAGCCCUGCUCUGUCAGCUGGAAUGAGCAGAUAUUGUGGCUGUGUGAUAAGUCAGACAUCAGCGUAGUUUAAAAGUCCUCUGAACAGAAGAGAAGGGGGGACCUAAACAGGCCCUUUAAAAAAACAGUCAUUCAAUUUUUUUUCCAUUUAGGGCAAAGGAGGCAUAAUGAAAGACGCCUGGGGGAUUUUAGGGGGAUAAUUGUAAUUUUCCGUUUGUGGUCGGCUUGUCGGAUGGAAUGGAGGGGGGAGACAUUGUUAUUGGGGUGUCGGGGGCUUUGAUUCUCGUCAUUUCCAACAUCGCCCCCUCCUUCCCCUGCCCACUGCCCGGUGCCCACUCUGCCCUGGGUGUCGGGUGUCGGGACACGGAGUGCGCUAGCUGGAUCUGAAGGGUGAGGGCAGAACCUGGAAAUAGCAGCACCUUCCCCUAUAUAAAGCGGGGCUGGGCUGGCGGAGAGGGAGACCGAGACAGAGCAGAUCAGAGGACAGCUGCCACUACAGCUACAGCUACAGCUACAGCGCUACUCACCCAGCAACACAGAAGAAGGGAGCGGUACCAUCGCGAGGAGCCUGACCGACCGCACAUCGAGAGUGUCCUGGAAUCAGAAAGGGCCGACAGACAGACA